AUCAACUCAAGGCGCUUUGUUGUUCUUGCGGGACAGAAAGACGGAGAAAAUAAUACUUUAAUUCGCUCUAAACAUACCGAUUUAAGCAAAGAUAGAGUUUCACAUGGAUUAGUAUAAUCAACCACCAACUAAGCGAGGAGUUAACCCGAUACCAUCGGGUGGAAACUGGCGUAUUUGUGGGACUAAACCAGCUCAGCAUUGUGCUAGCAUUAGCAUUAUCUUCUUCGGGAGGGUGUCCACUGUCCAGAUUGGAGCGGAAGGAAUUCCAGGCACUGGGAAGAAGGAGAAAUCUCUGCUGGGAUGCCUCAAGCAAGUUGGGAAAAAAUGUAUUUCACGGUCCCGCCUGGAGUUGUGGCACUAUAAGCCCGAAGUAUGUGUCUGUUUUAUUGAUAUCAGAUUGCAGGAGCGAUUUAACGGUGGUUUUGUAACCGUUAACGUGCCAGUUUAGCGAGUUAGCCACGUAGCUACGUAGCCCUCAGUAGGAAGACAUUUAAAAUGGCGGAGGGUUGGCCCAUUCCUUCGGCCCUUGUCUUCAUGCUGUUGACUUUGAGUGCCUGGGCUCUGGAGUCUUGUCCCACUCCUUGCUCCUGUAUAAAAGGGCAAGAUGAGGUCCAUAUACUGGACUGUAACAGGAAACGGCUAUCGACGGCUCCCGUGGACCCACCAGAUGGGAUAACACAAGUAACCAUGAAUCACAAUGAGCUGACUAUUCUUCCCUUUCUUGGAGACGUUUCCUCAAAUAUCACCUCGCUGUCAUUAGUCCACAAUCGGAUCUCAGAGCUGUCAAUGCAUCAGCUGCAGCCAUACCUUUCACUGGAGACACUGGACCUGACAUCCAAUUCCAUCUCUGAGCUCAAAGUUGGAUCCUUCCCCUCCAUGCAGCUGAAAUAUCUGAAUUUGAGUAAUAACAAGAUCAGCGUCCUCGAGCCUGGCUGCUUUGAAAACAUCUCCAGCUCCCUGCUGGUGCUGAAGCUGAACAGGAACAGAUUAGCCGUGCUGCCAUCCAAAGUCUUCAAACUCCCACAACUGCAGUUCCUUGAAAUGAAGCGUAAUAAGAUCAAGAUAGUGGACAGUCUGACAUUCAAAGGGAUGGACUCACUGAGGUCACUGAAGAUGCAGAGGAACGGCAUCACUAAGCUCAUGGAUGGGGCCUUUUUCGGACUAAACAACAUUGAAGAACUAGAGCUGGAGCACAACAACCUAACAGAGGUCAACAAAGGCUGGCUGUAUGGACUCCGCAUGCUGCGUAUCCUGCGGGUCAGCCAGAAUGCUGUCGGCAUCAUCCGACCAGACGCCUGGGAGUUUUGCCAAAAGCUGGAGGAACUGGACCUGUCCUUCAAUCAUCUAACUAGACUUGAGGAGACAGCUUUUGUGGGAUUAGGUCUCCUGGAGAGUCUGAACCUCGGAGAAAACUCCAUCAGCCACUUGGGAGAGGGAGUGUUCGGGGGCCUGGCAAGUCUGCGCACCCUAGAUAUCCGGAAUAAUGUAAUCUCCUGGGCCAUUGAAGACUCCAUUGGUGUUUUUGAUGGAAUGAAGAAGCUGAACACACUAAUCAUACAGCGGAACAAAAUCAAAUCAAUCACUAAGAAAGCGUUCGAGGGCCUGGAGGAGCUGGAGCACCUGGACCUCAGCAAGAAUGGCAUCAUGUCGAUACACCCUGAGGCGUUGUCCCAUAUGAAGCUCAAAGUGUUUGUCCUGAACACGAGCAGCCUGCUGUGUGACUGCCACAUGCAGUGGCUGGGGCCUUGGCUGACUGACAGCCAGUUCCAGCAGUCUGUCUCCGCUAUCUGUGCUCAUCCAUCCAGUCUACUCGGUCAAAAUGUCCUGUCCAUCAGCCCGGAAGAGUUUGUUUGUGAUGAUUUCCCCAAGCCUCGGAUCACAACUCACCCAGAGACACAUGUGGCAUUGCGAGGGAACAACGUGACUCUGAGCUGCGUUGCGUCCAGCAGCAGUGAUUCGCCAAUGACCACAGCGUGGCGGAAGGACGGGGAGGUGCUGUACGAUGCAGAAGUGCAAAACUACGCUCGAUUCCAGGAGGGAGAGCUGAUCUACACCACCGUGCUUCACCUCCUCAAUGUCAAUUUCACUGACGAGGGCCGCUACCAGUGUGUGGUCUCCAAUCACUUCGGCUCCAAUUACUCCAACAGGGCCAGGCUUACUGUCAAUGAGCUGCCAUCCUUUCUUAAGACUCCCAUGGAUUUGACGAUCCGGACUGGGACUAUGGCCAGGCUGGAGUGUGCUGCUGAAGGCCAUCCAUCACCCCAGAUUGCUUGGCAGAAGGACGGAGGCACUGACUUCCCGGCUGCCCGGGAGCGCAGGAUGCACGUGAUGCCAGAUGAUGACAUCUUCUUUAUUGCCAACGUGAAGACUGAAGACAUGGGAGUGUACAGCUGUACUGCUCAAAAUGCAGCUGGCAGCCUGUCUGCGAACGCUACUCUCACGGUUCUGGAAACUCCAUCCUUCAUGCGUCCCCUGGAAGACAGAACAGUGGCCCGUGGGGAAACCGCCGUGCUCCAGUGUAUAGCCGGAGGCAGCCCGGCCCCACGUCUUAACUGGACCAAAGACGACGGGCCUCUGGUGCUCACCGAGCGCCACUUCUUUGCUGCAGCCAACCAGCUCCUUAUCAUAGUUGAUGCUGGUCCUGCUGACGCUGGGAAAUACACCUGCAUCAUGUCUAACACUCUGGGAACUGAACGUGGCCACAUCUACUUGAGCGUCUCACCAUCGCCGAACUGCGAUACAGGCACGGUGUACAACCAGGACGGCUGGACCACCGUGGGCAUCGUGGUGAUCGUUGUGGUGUGCUGUGUGGUCGGAACCUCCCUUGUCUGGGUCAUCGUCAUCUAUCACAUGCGCAGGAAGAGCGAGGAUUACAGUAUCACCAACACAGAUGAAAUGAAUUUGCCAGCAGACAUUCCCAGCUACCUGUCCUCUCAAGGUACCUUGUCAGAGCCUCAGGAAGGCUACAGUAACUCUGAGGCUGGCAGCCACCAGCAGCUCAUGCCUCCUCUGUCCAAUGGAUAUGUCCAUAAAGGCACAGACGGUGUGUGUUAUGGAGACACGGGCAGCGAGGUGGAAACUGAGGGGAACGGCAUGCUGCACUGCAGGGUUGGCUCAUUGUUCACUGGCCGUAGCAGCUUCCACCCCGGAGAGCCCCGUGAGGGCCUAGCUGGAAUCCCCACAGGUGGUGCAGGUCCGCUAGUCAUCUGCUCUGACUGCUACGACAACGCCAACAUCUACUCUCGCACACGGGAGUACUGCCCCUAUGCCUAUCUGGGGGAGGACGACCCGCUGGACAGGAGUCUUCCAGGCCUGAAGGAGAGCUUCAGUGAGCACGCCCAGCACAAGGACGCGGUACUGGAGAGCCUCAUUAGCAACCGGGACUCCUCCGUCUUUCUCACCUCACACGACAAAAGGUUGAGCAGCCACACUCCCCCGGAGCACUAUGCUAAUGAUUCUCUUAGCAGGUCCUUCUGGGGAGAAGGGGAAGAUCAGUCCUCGAAACCCCACCCAGCUUCAUCCCAGCACCCAGUGACAGUUCACAGGACACCACCUCUGGCUUCCACUGCGGACGGAGCAGCGGAACAGAGUGAAACAGAGGCGGACUGUUUUCCCAGCCACUGCACACAGGACCACAGAAGUGCCUCUAAUAGGACUAAGCCUCAGGAGCAUCCUGCUCCCACAUAGGUCCUCACACUCCGCCCACGUUCUGCCUCUGACUCCUCGUUGCUGCACCUCCUCCCCUCCCUUCACCCACUACCUCCAAAGAGACUCGUCACAUUCUGCCAAAGAUGCUCUCUUGUAUGUUUACAUUCCCCUUUCACUCAAGAGGACAUACUAACAUUCUCCGCCGUGGAGCGACUGCUGUGUCAGACUGGAGAAAUGGACCAGUGAUUAAAUUGACCUCCUUCUUGACAUCUCCAACUCUGCAGGACCCUUUUUCUCCCACGUCCUCCACUCCCUUUUGUUCUCUUUCUGGAGAGAGCUAUGAAUGUAUGCUUUAAAGAGCCAUGUCGGAUGCUGCCACAAGGGAACGCCAAGAGUCUUUACAAGCUCUUUCCUCCGUCCCUGCUGCUGUGGGCGAGGGGAAGAUUUGUGCCAGUGCACAUCACACUGGCAUUUUUCUUUCAUCAUUCCUGGUACAGACACCUGUUGGAGCAGCCUACGUGACUUUAGUAGAAAUUACAAACCACCUAUAACGGGAGGUUUAAGCAGGUGACCGUUGGAGGUCCCUGACCAGCAGUUUGUGGUUAAUAAUAUAGGAAAGAACAUUGAAAACAAACAUUCCCACAGGCAUCCCGACUGACUCAAAACUAUGCUAUCUGGUAUCUUGUUAUGCAAAUCUCAGAGACAGUGACACCAAAAUGUGGUGUAUAUUAUGAAUAUAUAUAAAUAUAUCCUAAAUCAUCUUUAUCUGAUCUUGUUUUUGUCCUAUGUCAAACACCGUUGCUAAUUUCUUCAUUUUUAUGUCAUUAUAAUGAUAAGCAGUUUGGGGAGAGAAAGCGUACAGUUUUUUUUGCACAUGUGACAAUCAUGGUUUUGCUGGCUAUUUUCUCAUGGUUGUCUAUGGACGGCCAUUUUAACAAGCAUUCUCCGUAACCUCGAUCAGGUGGCUUUAUUAUACAGUAUGCACUGAUUUGUUUUCUGCUUUAUCAUACCAUACAGGCACUUAAUUUAAUGGUGGUAAACUUUAUUAUGCAGUGUGCAUGCCGUUUUACAUUGUGAGGAUUUAUCGUCACAGUUUUAUUUCAAAAAGCUCCUGAUCCUUCCAUAAAUAUUAAUUAAAUCUAGGUUUUCACUUGGGACUGUGAAAAUGAGAAUGUAUUGUAUUAUUUUAUACAUGUAUGUAUGUAUAUAAGACUAGUAAUCUAUUAAAUUCAUGUCUUACUAGUCCAUUUGCAGAGAGGUUUGAGACAUAAGCUGCAGUAAUUUUAAGCUUAUUCAUUUUAAGCCUUUAUUGACCCAGCAAAGUUUUUACUUGUUUGUUCAGGUAACACAUUUUCUUGAGAAGUGGGUGUUAUAUUCCUCCUAACCGAGAGAUAGUAAUCAAACAGCUGCCAGCUUCAGCAAACUGUACUGUUUCCACAUGUCAGCUUUUAAAUUGCUUUGAGGUUUUGGAAAUGUAAAACGCCUCUCGUAGUGUAAAAGAACGUGUUCUUGUUUCAUCAGGUUCUAUGUCACGAGUUCCUCUUUAAAAUCCUCUUGAUGAUUGCACUUCAGAGCUGCUCAGAUGUGAUUGGCUCUGGCUCCGUUUGUGACUAUCAGGACUCUUGUUUGCUCAAUAUAUUUAGAAAAUUACCCUCAGUUGUGAGUUUAUUCGGUUCACCUUGCUAAAACCAAUGCAGUCUAAUAUAAAAACCUGACAACAAAUCGUGCCUUCAUGACUGUUUGGGUAACAUUUUUACAAUGUUAAUUGAACUUUAUGGUUAAUUUGGAGGAUGCUGUUAAAUUGUAUUGAGGUAUACUGAGAGGUACUUUUAUUAUUUAGCCCAUCCCAUUUAUAUCAGUGAUGGUAGGCUAAGUAAAAGAAACUAAAUCAACACUCCAAAGCAGUUUCAAGGAACACUAAGCAUUAUUACAUUCAUGAAAGUGGGAUUUAUUUUAGACUUUGUUAGUUUUAGCUCAGUGAACCUAAUAAACUGACAACUAUAAGAAUAUAUCAUACUCAUUCUUCAUUGACAUGGUGUCUGACAACAUAUCUGAAAGUUUAUUUUGUUAUUGUCAUUUCUGUCUUGUUGAUAAUCAGCACUGCUACAUUCUGCUCUUCUUUUACUUUGGACCAAGAAAGGAUUGCUCCUUUUCUCUCAGUGGUGCAUGCAGAUAUAAGUUGCACCUCAUUCUUGCACUCUUUUGGGUUUAAACUUGUUUUGGCAAUCAUCAGCUUGCCUUUAGUCCCCAGAUCAGCACAUUCCAAGUCUCUUCCUUAGAAUUUGGCAUUAUGAAGCUCAAGUUCUUUUGUACUUUGUCACACUCCCUGCUAUUUGUUGUUUCUUGCUGAUGUUUUUUCUGACUGUUGGCCAAGGUCAAUUUCAUGCCCCCUUUGAGCGAUUUGAGGAAUUCAAAUGAAAUCCCGCAGUGAUAAGUCAUCCUAAUGGAGCCACAUGUCAACAUUUUCUGCCAACGCAGCAAAACACAAUGUGCAUCUUGUAUCGUUUUGUUCUCUGAACGUCCUUUGUGACUUUAUACCAAAGUUUAGCAGUAACUGCUCUGGCAAUAUCCAAUGCUGCUUGUUUAUUUUGUAUUGUUGAAGUUUUGCAUUUUGUUUCCAAUAGUAUUUUUUUGGACCUUGUUUACCUGUACAUUCUGUAAAGCAUGUCUAAAGAGCCUUUUUGUUACGUAGCCAUUACUCUGACAUUAAACAUGAAUUCUGAUAA